AUGGGGUGUGUAUUAGGCCAACAUGAUGAGUCUGGCCGAAAAGAGCACGCAAUAUACUACCUGAGCAAAAAAUUUACCAACUGUGAAAUCAAAUAUUCACUGCUUGAGAAAACUUAUUGUGCUCUAGCGUGGGCUGCUCACCAGCUGAGACAAUACAUCUUGACCCACACUACUAUUUUGAUUUCGAAGAUGGACCCGAUCAAGUAUACUUUUGAGAAGCCUGCUCUCACAGGGAGGGUGGCCCGUUGGCAAAUGAUUUUAAUAGAAUAUGAUAUCCAGUAUACGACUCAGAAAGCCAUCAAGAGUAGUAUAAUUGUUGACUACCUAGCUCAUCAGCAUGUGGAAGAUUACCAACCAAUGAAAUUCGAGUUUCCUUAUGAAGAUGUGUUGUUUCUAAAAGAAUAUUUCAACCGACCGGACCCAGAUGGAGGCCUAGAACCAGGAUCGCGAUGGACGCUCGUGUUUGACGGUGCUUCAAAUGCUUUAGGAAACGGUGUAGGAGAUGUCGUUACUUCCCCCACGGGUUUUCAUAUUCAUUUCAUUACCAGAAUCUAUUUCGAUUGCACAAAUAACAUGGAUGAUUAUGAAGCUUGCAUCUAUGGGAUUGAAGCUGCCAUUGAUUUGAGAAUCCAGUAUCUUGAAGUAUAUGGGGAUUCAGCUCUGGUCAUUAGCCAAAUUAAUGUAGAUUGGGAGACUCAUCACCCAAAUUUGAUUCCAUACCGAGAGCACGUGUUGAAGUUGAUUCCAUACUUUGAGGAGAUCAUAUUCGAUCAUAUUCCAAGAGAAUAG